AUGCAGAGUGACGCGUUUGCCCACCACACCAAGCGGGGGCUGCUUGUUUGUGAUGCCUUGACCUGCCUCCACCUGGUGCGGAAGGGAUCACUGCGGCUGACAGAAGGCGACUGGGUUCGCCUGCUGACCGCGGCAGUGGUGCCGCUAGAGCUGAUGGUGCCGCAGCUGCAACGCUUCGCAGCAGACGUCUCUUUGGCUCCCAGCCCCACCAGCCCCACCAGCAUGCUGGUAGACGCGUGUGUGCACAACUGCAGUGUAGCUACGCUGCUGCUGACCAGAAUAGCGGUUACGCCGCCGCCAGCGGUGCCAGAGCGCGCCGCAGCACUGCUGAUGGCAACGGCGCUCAAGCCUCCGAAGCUUGUCGCCUGGGUGUCGGCUGUGUGCCAAGCCGCCCUGGCUUCCAUGCAUGCCGCGGCUGAGGCGCUGCGCAACCUUUUUUGCGCAAACGCCUGCCUCGGCUUGUCUGCUGAGGUGGAGUCGCGGCCCGACUUGCAGCGGCAGCUGGUGCAGUUUGGCGCCCGCUGCCUUGUUCUGCCUGAGGCUGAGCAGGCGGCAUCUGUGGAGGAUGACGAAUGGUGCCGGAUACUGGCACAGGUGGCCGAGGUGUUGUCGUCGGUCUGCCUGCGCGACGCGCGCAUCCAAUACGAGACAGCCAGCAUCGGCAGUGGCAACAGCCUUCUGAAAGCGACAGGCUCGCUUGCGGCGCGGCUGCACCUGCGGUCAGCCAGCGCCAGCUUUGAGCAGGCAAAAUUCGUGCUCGCCUUCUUGACGCUGAUGGGCAGCCUGUGCUCCGAUGCGGUGUCGCUAGCCGAGGAGGGGCAGCCCGUGUCGGCACAGCACAUAGCAGUGCUGGUGCAGCAGGCCUUGCAAUUGCCUGGCGGCAUACCUCAGCACGGCCACACCGACGGCCACGGCACCACCUUAUCUGCCUUGAACGGCCCGGUGACCAUGCUGGCGCGGGUGGCCGAGCUGCAGCCGGCCGUGCUGCCGCGGUUGGCAGCCCAAGGGGUACUGGUGCGCGCGCUGUGCACGGCUGGCGCAACGCUGGCACAAAUGGCCGGCGAGGUGCCGCAGGCUGGGAUGUUGUACCAAGCGCUUUGUGACCUGCUGCGCAAGCUGGUGCUCCACCUGCAAGCCGAGCCGACGCAGCAGGCGGACGUGCAGCAAUGUGUGGAGGGCCUGUCUUCAGACGAUGGGCAGUGUCACAGGCGCGCCCUGCAGCUGUGCACAUCGUUGAUUGAGCAGCGGCAGGAAGUGGAUGCAGCCAGCAGCAGCUCCCUGCCUCGCAGACAGCCCCUCAGCCCAGAGGAAAAGCAGCUGUCUGAGCGGCGGGCUCUCGCGCUGGCGCUGCUCAAGUUGCUGCGGGCGCCGCCGCCCGAUGAGUGA